AUGCAGAGCCUCCUCGUCCCCACCGCCGCCGCCUCCGCGGCGCCGGCGACCCCGCGGCGGCGGGGGCCCGCCCGCAUCUCCGUCCGCGCCUCGGCGGCGGCCGCCCCGCCCAGGCGCGAGACGGAUCCGAAGAAGCGGGUGGUGAUCACCGGGAUGGGGCUCGUCUCCGUCUUCGGCAACGACGUCGACGCCUACUACGACCGCCUGCUCGCCGGGGAGAGCGGCAUCGGCCCCAUCGACCGCUUCGACGCCUCCAAGUUCCCCACGCGCUUCGCGGGCCAGAUCCACGGCUUCUCCUCCGAGGGAUACAUCGACGGCAAGAACGACCGACGGCUAGACGACUGCCUGCGAUACUGCAUCGUCAGCGGCAAGAAGGCGCUCGAGGCCGCUGGACUCGCGCUAGGCUCGGACGCCAUGGACAAGAUUGACAAGUCUCGGGCUGGUGUACUUGUGGGCACUGGUAUGGGUGGCCUCCAAGUGUUUUCUGACGGUGUUCAGAAUCUUAUCGAGAAGGGCCACAGGAAGAUUACUCCUUUCUUCAUCCCAUAUGCCAUAACAAACAUGGGUUCUGCCCUGCUUGGCAUGGACAUUGGUUUCAUGGGUCCAAACUACUCCAUUUCAACUGCCUGUGCUACCUCGAACUACUGUUUCUACGCUGCAGCAAAUCAUAUUCGCAGAGGCGAAGCGGAUGUGAUGAUUGCUGGUGGCACUGAAGCUGCCAUUAUUCCGAUUGGUGUUGGUGGUUUUGUUGCAUGCAGAGCACUUUCACAGAGGAAUGAUGACCCUAAAACUGCAUCUAGGCCUUGGGACAAGGAACGUGAUGGUUUCGUUAUGGGUGAAGGAGCUGGAUUACUGGUCAUGGAGAGCUUAGAACAUGCUAUGAAACGUGGUGCUCCAAUAGUUGCGGAGUAUCUAGGAGGUGCUGUGAACUGUGAUGCUUACCAUAUGACUGAUCCAAGGGCCGAUGGUCUUGGUGUUUCAUCAUGCAUUAGACAAAGUCUUCAAGAUGCUGGUGUGGCACCAGAGGAGGUCAACUACAUCAAUGCUCAUGCAACAUCCACUCUUGCUGGUGAUUUGGCAGAGAUGAAUGCCAUCAAGCAAGUCUUUAAGGAUCCAACUGGUAUCAAAGUAAACGCAACCAAGUCCAUGAUAGGGCAUUGCCUUGGUGCAGCAGGCGGUUUGGAAGCCAUUGCCGUUAUUAAAGCGAUAAACACUGGAUUGGUGCAUCCAAGCAUAAACCAGUUUAACCGGGAGGAGGUGAUUGAAUUUGACACGGUACCUAACGUGAAAGCCGAGCAUGAAGUGAAUGUUGGUAUCUCAAAUUCUUUUGGAUUUGGAGGACACAACUCAGUGGUAGUGUUUGCCCCAUUCAAGCCCUAAUGGGCUGUAUUGCUCCACAAAUCUUGGUGAAAACAGUGAGGGAUUCUUUUCUGGAAGCUCUGCGUUAUUUCAACGUGUUUUCUUUGGAAGCAACUACCGACUUGAUAACCAGCAAAUGUUACGAGAACAGAGGACAUGAGAUUAUUGCAUUUAGACACAUCCAUCUUCGGUUAGAUCGUGAGCACUGUAUGACGUUUUUGCAUCAUUUGUAGUCCGAGUCUACUUGUUUCCGUGUAAUGAAAGAGUUGGGAAUUUCUAGAAUUGUCGUGUAUUAGAAGCAAGCAAUUAGAUCUUCUGCCUCAUAGAGAGUGUGCAUUGAACGUCAAAAGAGUCUGUGUACUAGUACAUGAUCCGGGAAAAAUCUAUAUACUAUCACAAUUUUUUUGUUGUAUCAAAGUAUGCUAGUGCCCUUGGAGGCUAAUAAAAAUUGUAUUGCUUCCAGUUUCU